GUCGUAGGACACUGUAUCAGCUGUAUCAGUAACCAGAAAGUAAUGACUGCUAUUGUCGUUUGCGUUUAGUGAUAAACUGCGAACCUCGACCUUAUCAUUUUACCGUCAACUUUUUUUGUUUAUUUUAAUAUUUUGUGUAAUGUGUAUUCGAUUUGCUGUUUUCAAUGAACUUGUGAUUUUAUUUUUCUAAGUUUAUAAGUGAGCAUAUUCGAAUACAGUUAUUUGAAAUUCGGAUUUUUCAAUCAUCAUCAUUAUGGAAAACGCGGGAGAAGUCAUAAUGUCUAAUGAUGAUUUUGAGCCUACUUCUUCCAAACAGCACUUAAUUAAAAUGUUGGACCGUGUAGAAUUGCUUGUUGAAAGUAUUAGACGAGAAGCUCUACAAAUGGAAGAAGAUAUCGACAAUAUGUACACAACUAUAGACGCUAUAAAAACAUCAGACUCUUUAAGCUAUCUUAACUCUGUUGAUAAAGAUGAUAUUUAUCAGGCUGCUGAACGUAUUGUGAACCGUUGCAACACUAUUAAGAUUACAGUGCAUACUACAAGGAGCGAAAGUCAACAAAAUUGUUUGGAAGAGGUGAAUAAUUUAAUUGACAAUAUGGUCAACACAUUGAAAGUGGAUGCUGAUACUGCCAAAUCUUACUGUCAGUCUUACUUGGCUUCUUGUAGUUCAUCUGAACAUGAAGUCGGUAACAAAGUAUUUGAGACAGCUAUUUUAGGUUGUACACUUGAUGAUCAAAAACGUAUUCAUAAACGACUACAAGGACUAUUGGAUUAUAUUAUUCAUAGCACCUGUGUAACUGAGGCUUGUGAAGAUCAGUAAAAUAUAGUGCAAUAUAUACUAGCGUUAAAAAAUUGCACUGCUUGAUGUUUAUAAGACAUACAUUCCAUAUUAAUUAUAACUAUAAACAUGUAUUCCUAUUUUAUUAAGAUUUUGAUCAUAAAUCAAAUAUCAUGUUAAUCACAUAAAAUUAAGUGUUAUGUAACUAUGUUGUUUAUUUUCCUAAUAUAUGAUAUUACAUUAUCAAAAAUAUGUAUAUUUUGUGUUGAUGUAAGCACUGAAAUUCAAACAUCUAAUGCUUAUGGUAUGACACAAGAGUUUUUAAAGACAUUCUUCUUUUUUUGUCUUAUUUUUCCAGGUCUCAGUUUUAUAGUUGCUGAUGCAUUUUUAUUCCUGUAGGGCACAGCACCAAAUGAACCUACAACAUUAAUAAACAAAUAUUUGUAUUAAAAUUUGUACAUAAAAAUUAAUAUUUUAAAUAGAAUAAGUGUAAUCAAACUAUAAUAACAAUAUUUGAUUAAAAUCAAUUAAGUAGAGCAAUAUUUUUUAUCAUUUAAGGCACACCAGCAAACUGUUAUGAAUAACAUGUGUCGUUUGUGCAACAUUUUGAUAAUUGAUAUAGCUGUUGCAACACGUUUGGAGUUUAGUACCUUACUGUGGAUGAGAUGAAUUAAAUGUAGAACUGGGAUUCGUAAAUAUAGUUAUUUAUGGUUGACAUUUUAUUUUAUAUUUUAUUUCAGCAAUAAACUUUUUUAUUACUGAAAAUGUUGUUUUAAAUUUAUGUAGGUUACAAUAUUUAUGUAAUAUAAAUUAAAUGUACGUACUUAUAGUGUAA